GUGACUUGGGAAUCAUCUUUCUGACAGAAUCCCGGGGCUACGUGGAGACCAUGAGCCACGGCACCACGUCUCCUGAUGAUGAUCUCUUCCGGACAGAUGCAUCGGGGGUCUCCACCUGCCAAGGGCCGUUCGGACCGGUGCGCUCUGUCAACUCGGGGAGUCCCCUCCUUUCACGGACAGAGAGCCCAUCUUCCCUGAUUCAGCAGUCCUCCCUCACUCGCUUCACACCUCCCUACCCCGGCACAUCCGAGCUGUCGCCCCCCGCCCCCAACUGCCACAGUUCUCCCCGGGGCACCCUGCACGGUCAGGGAAGGGGCCUGAAUCAGGCAGAUGCCACAGACCUGCCCUCGCUGCUCGGGAACGGGAGCCUGGAGAGGAGCCUGCUGGAGGCCAUGGAGGGCCUGGGUGGGAUGCAGCCCCCCCUGCCAGAGAAGCGCCGCAUCUCAGAGGGGGAGCACUCCCUGGGCUCCGGCUCCCCCGCUCUCAGUGGCUUCUCCAGCCCCCACAGUGGCAGCACCAUCAGCAUCCCUUUCCCCAGUGUGCUCCCGGACUUCUCCAGCCGGGCUGUGGCCACCUCCUCGCCGCUCCCAGACUUGCCGGCCAGUAAGCCGAUGACAGUGAAGUUUGUGCAGGACACUUCAAAGUUCUGGUACAAGCCAGACAUCUCGCGGGACCAAG